CAAAUGUCCCUUUACCCAGCUGAAACGUGCAAACUUGGUUACAUCUAGAAUACGCAUUUAUAUGCCCUCUAAUGCUUCUCCUGAACCCUCCAAGCCUUUGAAAAAUGAGUAAGCGACAACCGAGAAGACCCCAGGCUUCUAACCAGGAAGGCAUCAACUUCGGCGAUGUCUUCGAUGCCAUCGGUGCUGCGCCUUCAACCCUUUCCCCAUCUCCAUCUCCAACUCCAACUGUGCGACCGGCACCUACAACGGGUGCGGUUGAUUCGAGUGGCAUCUCCGUUGGAGAAGCUUUGGAAGCAGCCGCUAUCUCUGUCGGCGACAAACCGGUUGACCGCGGCGAUGUAGCAGCAAUACGAGCAGCUGAGUUGAGAGCCGCGGGUAGUCACGCAGCCGGCCUUGGGGCCAAAGCUCAAGCCGCUGUCAAUUUUAAUGACCGUGUGGCUUAUGAUUACAAUAAGAUCACUAUAUCUGAUGUUUUGUCGGAUGCUACUGCAAAGCUGCCUCGAGAUAAAGCAGUGACAAGGGAAGAUGCUGAUGGCGUGAGAGGUGCGGAGGUGAUUAACAAACCCGAGUCAAUGCCCACGCCUGGAGGAGUGGCGGAUAUCUUGGCCACAGCUGCUAGGGUCAACCGGGAUGAUAAGCUAUGAAGGGUUUUUUUUUA